GACGAUGAGUCAUCUCAUGGCGACGUGGAGAUGGCCAAGCAACUAGUUGAUCAAAACGACCACCUCUCUAUCACCGUGGUAAUCAUAUCUUUCAAUUCCAAAAGCACAUCGAUGAUCACCUCGCUCACCCUCGCAUCUAACAAACAAAUCCGCUACGAAAUAAUCUAUGGAGGAGAUCAACAACCAACCGAGUUGAAGGCGACUGAUUCUCACAUCCAAAGUCUAAAACCACAUGUGAGAGACGCCGUUUCGAAACUCGUAGAUCCCACUCGACCAGACUCACCACGUCUAGCUGGAUUCGUCGUUGAUAUGUACUGCACUUCGAUGAUCGAUGUCGCUAACAAAUUCGGUGUCCCGACUUACUUGUUUUACACUUCCAACGCUGGAUUUCUUGGACUCUUGCUUCACAUUCAGUUCAUGUACGACGCAGAUGAUACCUAUGACAUGAGCGAGUUGGAAGACUCAGACGCAGAAUUAGUGGUUCUGAGUUUGACUUGUCCUUAUCCGUUGAAAUGUCUUCCUUACAUUUUCAAAUCAAAAGAGUGGCUCUCCUUUUUUGUAACUCAAGCGAGAAGAUUCAGAGAGACUAAGGGCAUUU